CCUUGUUUAAUUUAAUUUUUUUAUUAGUGUUGUAUAAAGUAUUUUUCUUAAAAUGAACUUGAUUCUAUUUAGGUAUUCAGAUAUUGUGGAUUCCGAGUCCACUUUGACCGUAGAUAUCAUCGAUAAAAACACAGUUAACCAUCUACUUAAUGUUUUAAAGGUACAUGUUGGUAAAUUAUUAAAAGUCGGAAUAUUAAACUCAACUCUAGACUACGGAGUUGUGGAAAGCAUCACCAAGUGGUCAAUUAAACUAAAAUUAUCCGAAAACUUUAGACUCUUUCCACCCGUGAUAGAAAAGCCCGUGGUUGAUCUGGUAGUUGGAAUACCGAGACCCAAAUCCCUAGAUAAGUUACUCCAGUAUUCGGCAAGCAUUGGAGUUGGGAACAUAGACCUCAUUUGCUCGUCCAGAGUGGAAAAGUCUUACUUGGCGUCACACAAACUCUCAAAAGAAAGCAUAAACAAGUCACUUAUUCUAGGCCUCCAGCAAGGUGUGUGUACCCUCAUGCCCGAAGUGAACAUGUAUCUGAGCAUGGGAGAGUAUGAAAGAGCCUGUAAACAAAAGGAUUACGCAAUGAAAUUAAUUGCUCAUCCGGACUCUGAGGAAACUCUCGGAUCUCUCAAGUUAAACACCCACGUCAAAGGUCCCAUCCUCGUUGCAAUUGGUCCUGAGGGAGGCUGGUUAGAUCACGAACUGACAUAUUAUAAGAAGCUGGGAUUCGUUCAGUUUAAACUUACUGACAGGAUACUUAGAACUGAAGUUGCUGCAGCUGCAAUUCUGUCACAAAUGUCCUUGUUGCUUAAUGACACGACCCUUAGAAACGGGCUUGAACCUGCCAAGCGAUGAUUCACACCAAAACUCCGCUCAUAAGAGGACGAAAUAAAAGAUUCUUAACUGCAGUGUAGAUAAAAAUAAAGAUUCAAAAAAAAUAUGAAAAAAUACAAAAGGAAUAAUCACAAAAAAUAAAAAAAAGUGUACAGUCCUCCUAAUUGAAAUGUAUAUAAGGUGAAAAAUCUAAAAUGGUACGUAUAUAUUAAGCAAUUUUUAAAAACUUAAAAGAAAUUAAUAUAUUCGUUGCCC